AUAACAACAAACUGAAAAUCCCAGUUGCUAGUUGUGAGAUCUCAGUACUAAACUGAAUUUCUUGCUAUGGAAUCAACAGCAGAUUGCAUCAGAUUGCUUGUUCUAGUUGCCACCACAUUUUUCACUCUAACUGAUGGGAGAGUUUCUUCUGUGCUAGAUUUGCACUUUCGAGGAUCCAAAAUGGGACCUAGUCCAAUCUACAGGAAAAUGAAAUUUGAAUUUGCAAAACCUGAAUCAUAUGGCCUAAGUUCUCCUUUCUCCAUGCCACCUUUUGAAUCACCACUAACUCCACUUCCUUCGCCUAAUAAUUCCCCUGCUCCCUUCGGUAUAUACCCACCAUUUCUUCCUCAACCACCCUUCCAAAGCCCACCUCACACCGUCUCCAGGCCGCCACCGCCACCAAGCCCACCUCAUCCCAUUUCUCCAAGCCCAAGCCCACCAAAAUAUGUCCCACUUCCACCAAUUUACCAGCCACCUGUGGUUUUACCACCACCUCCACCACACAAGAAGAAGCCACAUUAUGCAGUCUGGUGUGUGGCCAAGCCAACAGUGCCUGACUCAAUAAUCCAAGAGGCCUUAGAUUAUGCAUGUGGGUCAGGAGCAGACUGCAAAUCAAUUCAGCCAAAGGGUCCGUGCUUUCAACCCAACACAUUGUUUGCUCAUGCGUCAUAUGCCUUCAACAGUUACUGGCAAAAGUCAAAGCAGGCUGGAGGAACCUGUGAUUUUGGUGGGACAGCUAUGCUUGUCACUAUUGAUCCAAGUUUUGACGAUUGUCAAUUCGUCUCCAACUGAUUAAUGGAAACCGCUAUUCCAAAAGUAAUGAGGAUUUUGGCUUUGAAACCUUAUUUUUAUUUUUAAGAUCAUAUAUUCUUCUGUGUAUUAAAGAAUUACUAAGUAAAUAAUAUACUGUAAUAAUUUUUAAUUAUAAUUUAUACUGAUAUUUAUUUA